AUGGAUCGGAAACAGUGGGUUUUAAUUCCCCUAGCGCUGAUAGGAGUGUUUUGGUUUUGGAUUCCGCAGGUUUCCGCUGAAUGUCAAACACGUUCCAUCUAUUGCUACGAGUGCGACAGCUGGACGGACGCUCGAUGCAAGGACCCUUUCAACUAUACAGCCCUACCACGAGAUCAGCCUCCACUGAUGACCUGUAAUGGAUGCUGCGUCAAGAUGGUGCGCCACUCGAGAACACCGUACGAGGUCGUGAGACGGAUGUGCACGUCGCAGUUGCAGAUUAAUCUGUUCAUGGUAGAUCAUGUGUGUAUGAUGGAAAGUUCUGGCAAUGGCCAUAUGUGUUUCUGUGAAGAAGAUAUGUGUAACUCUAGUCCAUCCAGCUUGCUCACUGCAAAGCACCACCGGCUCACUCUACACGCGUGCAUCGGUAGCGUGCUAGCCAUUUAUUUGCUACAGUUCAUACAGAGGGUCCUUCGGUAA